GCGAAGCGAGGAGGUAUUUUAGGAUUUGUAAGUGCCAUAUUCGGGUYUCUGAGUUAKAACAAUYCCCGUAAAACACUAUUCAGCCAAGAUCAAAGCUUCCAAAUGAAUGGAGUUUGUUGUUCGUUUCUGUGGUAUUUUAGUUAGCGUUCUACAUCUCCAUAGCAACAGUAUGUAUUUUCCCAYAAAUCAAUGCGUYUCGUCCCACUCUAUCUCGGUCAAACUUGUACYCAGUUUCUCUCGUUUUGCACAUGUUUUCAAAAUUUUAUAACAUUUGUGUGAUGAUUUUUGGCAAUACAAGUGCAUAAAAUAUGGUUUUCUACUUUACKAGUCAUGAUGUUUCAGUWACUCCGCCAGAAAAAUACACAAUAUACAUGGGGCUGGACAAAUUUGAAAAUGAAGAUCUUAUAAAAUGGGGAUUCCCAGAAGAUGUAUGGUUUCAUGUUGAUAAACUAUCAUCAGCACAUGUCUACAUCAGAAUGCCAAAGGGUAAAACAAUAGAUGAGAUUCCAGAAGAAGUUCUAACAGAUUGUGCUCAGUUGGUAAAAGCUAAUAGUAUWCAAGGUAAUAAAAUGAAUAAUAUCUCAGUGGUCUAUACGCCAUGGGCCAAUCUAAAGAAGACUGCUGACAUGGAUGUUGGACAAGUGGGUUUCCAUAGUGAUAAAGAAGUAAAAACUACUAAAGUCGAGAAAAGAAAAAAUGAAAUAAUCAACAGACUCAAUAAAACUAAACAAGAGUUGUUCCCUGAUUUGCGAGAACAGCGAGAAGAACGUGACAGGGAAGAUAGAGAAGUUGCUAAAGAACACAUGAGAGAACAGAGAAAGAAAGAAAAGGAGGAAGAGAAAAGAAGAAAAGAAGAAGCAGCAUUAAGGGAUUACUCAACACUAUUAACAGAAGAUAAAAUGAAGUCAAAUAGAGAGUGCAUUUCUGACGAGGAUGAUUUUAUGUAAAUACCUCUUUAAUUGAAUAAAAUUAUUYGAAAAUCAA